ACCACAAGUGAUGGGCCAAAAGUAACACUGCAGUGAUUAUGUUAAUGUGUAGGGCCAAUAUUGGUCAAGGAUUGUCUCAAUACAAAAAUAUGUAAGAUGCUUUCUGAUUUUUCUUUAUUUUCUUUAAUGUUAUUUUGCGUUGCGCCCUCUGGAACCGUUUGGAAUAUCCAUAUUGGCCAAAAUUCAACUGAUUGCCAUCUAUAUAUUGAGCUUUCUUUGCAUGAAUAGGCGUGCGCACCUCAAGACUCCCCAGGCCCCCCCAGCUGUGUGAUGCUCCCCGCGGUGAGGGGCUACUCUGAUAGGUCCAGAGGGUUAAUGGGACUGGCCUGCAGGACAGCUGUCUCCCAGCAUAUAAAGCCUUAGCCCUCCUUAGCACAACAAACAGACAGCAUCUCGGACGGUAGAUGUGCUUUUACGCAUGAAUAGGGGCCUAUUGGUUUUUACGCACACCGAACCAUUAAUGCCUCUUUGGCACGGUUGAGUUUUUACUCGUUUUUUUUUUUUUAACAUUCUGACUGUGACCAUGACUCUCUCCAGUGAAUUUGAGGCUUCACAGCACGCUGCUUUGCCCCUAGAAGAUGAUGAGAUUGACAUAGUGGGCGAGAAUGAGCCUACCCACGGGCGUUUGUAUCGAAAUGAGUGUUCCACGGACCCCGGCUCCUCAGCAGAAUCUGGUGCUGAGUUUGACUCAUCAGAGCCAGACUCCUCGGGGGAAAGCGAGAACAGUUUCUGCGCAGACGCACUGCCGUUCAGGAAAGCUCAGAGCAGCUCGGUAAAGCCUCCUUACUCCUACAUUGCCCUCAUCACUAUGGCCAUCCUGCAGAGCCCGGCGAAGAAGCUGACGCUGAGUGGCAUCUGUGACUUCAUCAGCAACAAGUUUCCCUACUACAGAGACAAGUUCCCCGCUUGGCAGAACUCCAUCAGGCACAACCUGUCUCUCAACGACUGUUUCAUCAAGAUCCCGAGGGAGCCUGGGAACCCGGGCAAAGGUAACUACUGGUCUCUGGACCCGGCUUCAGAGGACAUGUUCGACAACGGCAGCUUCCUUCGGCGUAGGAAGCGCUUCAAGAGAAACCAGCCCGAAUUCGGCAAAGACGGACUUAUGUUUUAUUCCAACUUGAACUGCUACCGGCCGUACGGGCAACCAUAUUGCUUACAAGCCCAGGUAAGCCCCCCACCCGCUGCUCCUAUCCGGUACAUGCCUCUGCAGGAAGGCAUCAUGAUGCCUCCCUCCUAUCACCUACAACCACAAACUUUGACCAGUCACAGGAAGUGCAGUGGGCCUAAAGACAUUAGAGCGCAGAUUUGCGCACCAGAACCACCUGGCCCGCAGGCAAAGUGCUCUUUCAGCAUUGACAGCAUCAUGAGCAAGCCCUCUCCACACUGUCCACAGCACCCAAAUCCACAGCAGAGCCCUCGCAGCGCCCUUGGGUACGGUCAUCUCAUGGUUCCGGCGCUCCUGCAGGCUCCCAGGACUCCAUUCUGCCCCCCUGCCAUGCUGAGCACGGCUCCUUUAAGAAACCUCAGUCUCUCUUACCAUCACUGCUGAAGCCUUUGGUGUGAGGACACGUCGGUGUAGCUCAUUUCUUACAGAAAUGUUUUAAUUGCAUGAUAUUUAUGUGCGUUGACAGUCAAAAGUUAUAUGUCUCAAAAGAAAUAAAUGUAAAUAAGAUGCGUGGUAAUAUAUUUGUGAGAC